GUGGGUGGCAGCCUCAGACCUGGGCUUGAAUCCUGGCCAUGGUCCCCUUAGCCUAUCUGAGCCUCAGUUUCUUCAGUUGUAAAAUGAGGAGACCACCCCCCACUCUCUGCCCCUCAGGGCUGAACGGAGCUGGCGAGAGUCACAUGUCCUUACCAAGCAGGCGUCCUAUGACAGAUCCCCUGUGCCCUGUCCUACCUGCUGGGGACCCAGUUCGUCCUGCCACCCAGCCUGGUCUUCUGGAAACCGGCCCACGUGCCUGUUGGGGAGGGAAAGGCAGGGUCCCCAGGCCCCAUUCACCUCCAGCUGGGAAGACCCCCCACACCAGCCCCUGCAGCCAACCCCAGGCCAGGGCCGUGACUGCCACUUGUUGUCUACCGGUGGGUUUGCGAAAGCCACUUCCCCCGCAUAGCUGGAAGUCCUGCCCUGCUUACCUCGGAGGUGGACCUGAGAGCCCCUCUUGAGCUUCUGGGUUAUUUGUAAACCCCAGGCCAUUUUCCCCGGAAGCCUGUCUCCCAGUGGUUCCUGUGGGAGUGGGAACUAGCAGGCCGACCAGCAGGGAGAGAUGUUUGGGGUGGGGGCCCUUGGCCGAGGGCGCGCCGUGCCUGAUCCUCUCUAGACCUGUCCCCCACCCCCCCGCCUCCACUCUGCCUCCCUAGGACCCGCCCCUGCAGGGCACAGGACGCUGGAGGCCCAGAACAGCUCAGGUGCUCCCGCUGGGCCGGGCCGGGCGCUUCCUGGGAGGGGGACCAAACUCCUGGCCUCCAGCUUCUGCCCUCAGGGUCUCGGGGCUCCGCACCUGCGCCCGUCCCCGGCCUCGCCCCUGACCUGUGCCUAGGGGCUGGGCGGGCCAAACCGCGGAGACCGGAGGGACGGGGCCAGCCGCCCUGAGAAGCUCCGCGGGUCCGGCUUGGCGAGUGUCUGUCCCUUUAAGGGCCGCCCCCGAGGAGGUGCCAGGCCCGGGUGGCGCCGUCUCUCCUUCCUGGUCCUGCAGGGCCAGGACUGUCCGCGGGGUUGAGGGAGGGGGCCGUGCCCGGUGCCAGCCCAGGUGUCCCCGGCCUGGCCCCAUGGCCCUGGUCACAGUGAGCCGUUCGCCCCCGGGCAGCGGCGCCUCCACGCCCGUGGGGCCCCGGGACCGGGCGGUCCAGCGAAGGAGUCGACUCCAGCGAAGGCAGAGCUUUGCGGUGCUCCGAGGGGCUGUCCUGGGGCUGCAGGAUGGAGGGGAUAAUGAUGAUGCAGCAGAGGCCAGUCCUGAGCCAGCAGAGGAGCCCCCGAAUGAGGAGGAGCCCAGCGGGGACCAGACAGACUUCGGGCAAGGAUCCCAGAGUCCCCAGAAACAGGAGGAGCAGAGGCGGCACCUGCACCUCAUGGUGCAGCUGUUGAGGCCGCAGGAUGACAUCCGCCUGGCAGCCCAGCUGGAGGCAGCCCGGCCUCCCCGGCUCCGCUACCUGCUGGUAGUUUCUACACAAGAAGGAGAAGGUCUGAGCCAGGAUGAGACAGUCCUCCUGGGUGUGGAUUUCCCUGACAGCAGCUCCCCCAGCUGCACCCUGGGCCUGGUCUUGCCCCUCUGGAGUGACACCCAGGUGUACUUAGAUGGAGACGGGGGCUUCAGCGUGACGUCUGGUGGGCAGAGCCGGAUCUUCAAGCCCAUCUCCAUCCAGACCAUGUGGGCCACACUCCAGGUAUUGCACCAAGCAUGUGAGGCAGCUCUAGGCAGUGGCCUUGUACCAGGUGGCAGUGCCCUCGCCUGGGCCAGCCACUACCAGGAGAGACUGAACUCCGACCAGAGCUGCCUCAAUGAGUGGACAGCUAUGGCCGACUUGGAGUCUCUGCGGCCUCCCAGUGCCGAGCCUGGCCGGCCCUUAGAACAGGAGCAGAUGGAGCAGGCGAUCCGUGCUGAGCUGUGGAAAGUGUUGGAUGCCAGUGACCUGGAAAGCGUCACUUCCAAGGAGAUCCGCCAGGCCCUGGAGCUGCGCUUAGGGCUCCCCCUCCAGCAGUACCGUGACUUCAUCGACAACCAGAUGCUGCUGCUGGUGGCACAGCGGGACCGAGCCUCCCGCAUCUUCCCCCACCUCUACCUGGGCUCAGAGUGGAACGCAGCAAACCUGGAGGAGCUGCAGAGGAACAGCCUGGCCUUGGGCUUCUGGGACAGGGUCACCCACAUCUUGAACAUGGCCCGGGAGAUUGACAACUUCUACCCUGAGCGCUUCACCUACCACAAUGUGCGCCUCUGGGAUGAGGAGUCGGCCCAGUUGCUGCCGCACUGGAAGGAGACCCACCGCUUCAUUGAGGCUGCAAGAGCACAGGGCACCCGUGUGCUAGUCCACUGCAAGAUGGGCGUCAGCCGCUCGGCGGCCACAGUGCUGGCCUAUGCCAUGAAGCAGUAUGAAUGCAGCCUGGAGCAGGCCCUGCACCAUGUGCAGGAGCUCCGGCCCAUUGCCCGCCCCAACCCUGGCUUCCUGCGCCAGCUGCAGAUCUACCAGGGCAUCCUGACUGCCAGCCGCCAGAGCCAUGUCUGGGAGCAGAAAGUGGGUGGGGUCUCGCCAGAGGAGCGCCCAGCCCCUGAAGUCUCUACACCAUUCCCACCUCUUCCGCCAGAGCCUGGGGGUGGUGGGGAGGAGAAUGUUGUGGGCACGGAGGAGAGCCAGGCAGCCCCAAAACAAGAACCUAGGCCACGGCCACGUAUCAACCUCCGAGGGGUCAUGAGGUCCAUCAGUCUUCUGGAACCCUCCUUGGAGCUGGAGAGCACCUCAGAAGCCAGUGACAUGCCAGAGGUUUUCUCUUCCCAUGAGUCUUCACAUGAAGAGCCUCCACAGCUGUUCCCACAGCUCGCAAGGACCGAGGGAAGCCAGCAGGUGGGCAAGGGGACUCAGCCUGCCCUGCAGUCCUGCCAGUCAGUGGUUGCCCUCCAGGGCAGUACCCUGGUGGCCAACCAGACCCGGGCCUUCCAGGAGCAGGAGCAGGGGCAAGGGCAGGGAGAGCCCUGCAUUUCCUCUACGCCCAGGUUCCGGAAGGUGGUGAGGCAGGCCAGUGUGGAUGACAGCGGAGAGGAGGGUGAGGCCUGAGCCCUCACACAUGCCCACGUUCCCCUAGACACUAGAGGAUCCACAACUCCUUGGAGAAACACCUUCACGUCUGUCGCUGCACACAUUCCUCUCAGCUCCGCCCCACACCCCUGUCACUACAGCCUCACCUCCUACAGCCUUAAGUCCCAGACCCAUGUCCACCUGUCCAAGGGCUCAAGACUUUCUGACUGGGAUGUGGUAGAGGGAUUGAAGGUGCCUUUGGGGGCAACAGCACCCUAGUUUCGUUCUCAACUCUUGCCCUAAACACUCACCUGUGUCACAGAAUAAAAACAGAGUUUCCAGUACAAAAAGGCUCAUGCGUCUCACCCCUCCCCUCCCUGCACCUCCUGUCCUCUCCCAGUUCAUUCGUGGAACCAGUCAGGCCAGGCAACCAGGGGCCCCCAAAGGCAGGCAGGAUCCUCAGGCCCCAGCUGUGGGAGGCUGGAAGGGCUGGCAGAUCGCUUCCCUUGUCCACCUCAACCGGUCCAGGUCUUUGCUGCUGUCCUCAGACCUCCUGUGACACCACCCAGAUUGCAGGGCGCCAGGCCAGAGAGAGUCUUCUGUUUGUCCUUUUUGGCCCCUGGCUAGUCAGUUUUUCAUAGCCUUAGAGUACCUGACUUUGUAUUGAGAAAUAAAACACAUUUUCAUAUUCGGUUA